AUGGCACGUCUACUCGGGCUUCAACAACCCAAGAAGCGCUCCUUGAUAACGAAACAACAACAGCAACUUCCCACCCCCGUGUCGACAACAGUAACUGGACGCUUUGAACAUGCGUAUACACAGACUCUCAAGACCGGUGCCCCUUCGAGCAACUCUUCGUCACAGAAGAGUAACUCUUCUCUGCCGCCAAAGACGCGAAUCCCACACCCUACUCGCCUGACCACACCCGAUCUUCCCAUAAUGGAUACCGAUGAUGACGAUGACGACGAUUUGAUCGAAAUCACUGCUGACGAGGCGGGGAUAUCUUCGGAUUCUGUGCAAUUCGGAACCGACGUUAGGCUCUGGAGGGAGGAUUUUGCAGCUCGACCCGAACCCCCAACGAGGAAGGGCAAAAAGCGGAAGAGUAGCGAGAUUAGCAAGGUUACAACGAGCGAUGAUGACGAUGACGACUUUCCGGACCUUCACGAACUUGUUAGCACGCCUAUAGCACCGCAACGAAACACUGGCUCUUUCUCACCAGGAAACCUAGCAGCUAGGUCGAGCUUAAGGAGAGACACAAGGCAAGCCUCAGUUCUUAGGACUUUGCCCGCUGCUGCCCCAACAUCUCCCUCUCCCUCUCGCCCUAAGCGUGCUACUCGGUCUCUGUCUCCGGUAAAGCUUCCCGGAAGUCAACACUCUCCUUCUCGCCUUGGAUCAUUGGCCCCUGAACCGAAAUAUCGGCCAACCACCCCUAUCAUUUCACCGAGGAAGCUUCCUCCCGUUGUGCUGCAGCCUAACGUACUGGGCGCGGAUGUUAUUGAACGCGCCCUAGCCCAGACACCAAAGCCAAAGGCCCGGCGGAGCUCCGUGAUUGAAGACUCCGAGGACGAAUUCCUUACGCCUCCCACCGGUGGUAGCAAGGUUAUUGCGUCUCUAUCAUCCGUGACAGCACAGGACUUACCUCUGGGGGCGAUCCCAUUUCAAGGACCUGCGUCCUCAGGGACCAAAUCCACCAUCUCCUCCGGUCAGAUUGACCUCCGCGGUCUAUCUAACCUAGUGCAAGACCCAUGGCCACUCCAACAUUGUCUUGACGCCCUCCGAGAGAAACUUGACCAGAAUCGACAAACGUUCGAGAAGGCGCUUCGCGAAUCUCGGCCAAGGGACCAAAGAGAAGGCAUCAAAUUAGAAAAAGAACGAUUGAUGAACCAACAAGCGGUCGUCAAGGGCCUCGUUGACAGGACUGAACAGUAUCAAGUUCUGGUCCACAAGAAGGAGAGCCUAUUACAACAAAUAUCACGCGCCUAUAGGGAUGGCUUGGCAACGGACGAAGACGAGAACAAGCUAGACGAAAUCGGGGACGAACUAAAGGAACUGGAGAAGGCCUUCACCGAAGCCUUGGUUGAUGCUACUUCUCGGGACCCUGCCUUGUCAGAGCAGUUGAGAGCUGCUCCCCCGAAACCAAUCACUGCUAUCCCCGCUACUGAACCCUCCGCCUUUCGAAAUGUGAGAAGCCGCCACCCAGAGGGACCGUCCUCGGAUGUCAUUCAUCAAACCCAACUUCCCCCACAAGACUCUCCCCGCUACCACCGUCCCGGCCCUAGGCACGAACCGCCACCGGUGCAUCCCGAUGAAUUCGAGGGCAUGUUUAGCGAUAUUGAAGACUCCCCCAUUCAAAAUCUCCCCCCUGCUCGACCAAGGCCUCCCCAGCAUAGACACAAUACCGAAAGACUUUCGCUGGAAGAAAUGGACUUCCUCAGUGACGAUGAUGCUGAGAUGAUUGCACUCGCGGAUAGUUGUCACACUAGCGCACCUCACGCGAGUGCAACAUCCCAACGGCAUCCCUUGGUGGAGAUGUCCGGGAAUGCGAAGGCACCUUCUCGGCCUAAGAUUCCGGAAAAGAGACUUGCCUCGACUGCAACUAAAAAUGCAUUCCCAGCAGAGCAGAUGCGGUUUCCCUGGUCACCUGAGGUAAAGCAAAUGCUUAAGGAUCGAUUCAGGAUGGAGACUUUCCGACAUAAUCAGCUCGAGGCUAUCAAUGCAACGCUCUCUGGGGAUGACGCAUUCAUCCUUAUGCCUACUGGUGGGGGCAAAUCCCUUUGCUACCAGCUACCUGCUGUAGUGAAGAGCGGACGAACAAAAGGUAUCACCCUCGUGGUAUCACCCCUGAUCAGCUUGAUGCAGGAUCAGGUCGACCAUCUCAAGUCCCUCCACAUACACGCUGUCGCAUAUAACGGUGAGGCUCCUCGAGAAUAUAAGGAUAUGGUGAUGAAAAUGCUUCGUGAGAGGAACCCCGAGAACUUCAUCGAGUUGCUCUAUGUUACUCCAGAGAUGGUCAACAAGAACAAACGAUUCCAGGAUGGUAUGGACAUGCUGUAUCAGAAGGGGAAGCUUGCCCGCAUCGUCAUUGAUGAAGCCCACUGCGUCAGUCAGUGGGGGCAUGACUUCCGGCCAGACUAUAAAGAGCUUGGGGUUAUCCGAAGGCAAUUUCGCGGCGUGCCCCUUAUGGCACUCACCGCGACGGCUACCGAGAAUGUGAUCAUGGACGUGAUGCACAAUCUCGGGAUGGAGAACUCGAAAGUCUUUACUCAGAGUUUCAACAGACCAAACCUCUAUUACGAGGUUCGAUUGAAGACUGGGAAUGCGAACGCUCUUGAGAGCAUUGCCAAUUUGAUCCAGACGAAAUAUCCGGACCAAUGUGGUAUCGUAUAUACCAUUUCGAGGAAGAACGCUGAAGAUGUUGCUCAGAAGCUUUGUGGAUAUGGUAUCAAGGCCGCCCACUACCACGCCUCUGUUCCCCCGGAAGAGAAGGUCGCGACGCAGCGAGAGUGGCAAAAGGAUAGGAUCCGUGUUGUUGUCGCUACGAUUGCGUUUGGUAUGGGAAUCGACAAACCUGACGUACGAUUCGUCAUUCACCACGGCCUCCCCAAGAGUCUGGAGGGUUAUUAUCAAGAAACAGGACGAGCAGGGCGAGACGGAAACGCAUCCGAUUGCUACCUCUACUUUAGCCACUCCGAUGCGAGGGUGCUCCGCAAGCUCAUUUCCGAUGGAGAAGGAGGCUGGGAGCAGAAGGAGAGGCAGAAGGGUAUGCUGAACCGCAUGGUGGCCUUUUGCGACAAUCCAUCCGACUGUCGUAGGGUUGAAGUGCUUCGGUACUUUGGUGAAGCGUUCGACAGGGCUGACUGCAACAAAGGUUGCGACAACUGUCGAACGGGGGCUGUAUCCGAGCAGCAGGAUUUUACCGCGAUUGCUCAGGCGGCGAUCGAAGCUGUGGCUCAGGAAAGCAGACUCACCUCGAACCAGUGUGCCGAUCUCCUUAUGGGUAAAGGGAAGGCGAACCGCGAUGAGAACGAAGCGGACCACCUGAAUGGAGGCGACGGACGUUUUCGAGCGCCCGCGGCUCAAGCAACUCCACAAUACCGUGGAAUUGCGAAACAUAUGAAGAAGUACGAAGUCGAGCGAAUCAUCGACCGACUGACCGUAGAGGGUGCCCUUGGAGAAGACAAUGUGAUGAACAGGAGAGCGGGAUUCGCAGUUCAGUAUCUCAAGCUGGGUUCAAAUGCCAAUCAGUUCCGCUACGGCCAGCGGCGUCUUAUGCUUUCGGUGCAAGUUGGUAGAGGGAGUAAGGAGCCAACUACUGCUAAACCGAAGAAGCGUGCUAAGAAGGACGAUGCGUCCAAAAAUGCCGCGUCGACCGACAUCUCCUCUCCAGUGGCUCCUGCAUCGAGGAGGAAGAAGAAGCCGUCGAAAGCAUCGUCUUCCCGGCAAGCGGAAGAGGAUGAGCUCCCCACUACACGAAACGGCUAUCAAAAGGACAAUUUUGUUGUCGACGACUCGGAUGACGACGAUUACUUUGAACCCGUGCCCAAAAAGCGCAAGUCGAAUGCCGGUGCCAGUUCUUCCGCUGACCCACCACUACCACCCUUUGAGGACAUACCUCUCAGCUCUCUGCCGGAGAUCCACCAGGAAGUCGUCCACAACUUCGUAGCGGAAGCCAAGGCUCUCGAGGAGGAGACCCGGAAUAAUGAGGGUCUGCGCAGGCCCCUCUUCGGCGAGAAGGAUUUCCAGGAGAUGGCGAUCCACUGGACCAUCACCCUGGACGAGAUGAGGAGGAUCAAAGGCAUAGUCCAGGCCCGCGUCAAUAAGUACGGCGAGAAGUUCCUGAGACUCAUACGCCACUUCUACGGGGAGUACACGACGAUGAUGGGGGCCAUGGGCGGCGAUGAUAGCAUGGACGUGGCGGGCGAGGGACAGGAGAUUGUCGAUCUCAUUAGCUCCGAUGACGACGAGUUCGGGGACGACGAUUUCGAUCUCGACCCUGACGAUGACGACGACGCCGCCGCCGGCGAACAGCAAUCCAAGUUCUUCUCGGCCCCGGUCCAGGUGCCGCCUCGGCCCGCUGCGGAUCCUUCGACCAUUGCGCAGUGGCAUCAGCGUCUCGAGCAGGCUAGCCAACGCCCGCCUCCCGCGGACGGCCCCGCGAACGCCCCGGCGGCUCGUGGAAGCGCCGCCGCGCCGCGGGGCAGAAAGAACGGUGGACGCGGAUGGAAAGGCCGAGGAAACGGCGGGAGAAAGGCGAGCGGAGGCAACGGGGUGGCCAAGAGGAAGGCAUCCGGUACGGGCUCCUCCGUGAGCUUUUUGGGCAAGGGGAAGGGUCCCGGCCGCGGGAAAGGAGGAGGUAGGGGAUCUGGUGGAGGGGCCUCGGGCUCAUCGGCGAUCGGGCUGAUGCCGCUGUGA